CGUCGGCCUUUUUACGCCUAGUGCUGGAACAAGGUGUAGUGCAACUUUUCGGUAGUGUCCACAAUCGGGCUCAUCCGACACUAACGCCUCGUUUUUUAUAAGCAAAAAGUUCAGAAAAAAGCAGAGAGAUGCCACCUAAAUUCGAUCCUAAUGAAAUUAAAAUCGUGUGCCUGAGAGCCGUUGGAGGUGAAGUUGGAGCUACAUCCACCCUCGCUCCAAAAAUUGGACCUUUGGGUUUAUCUCCAAAAAAGGUUGGUGAUGAUAUCGCCAAGGCCACUCAGGACUGGAAGGGUCUGAAGAUCACUGUCCAAUUGACCAUCCAGAAUCGACAAGCAAAAGUCACUGUAGUGCCUAGUGCUUCUUCCCUCAUCAUCAAAGCUCUCAAGGAACCCCCACGUGAUAGGAAGAAGGUCAAGAACAUCCAGCACAGCGGUAACAUUAGUCUUGAACAGGUCAUUGACAUCGCCCGUAUUAUGCGUGAACGUUCGAUGGCUAAGGAACUCAGCGGUACUGUGAAGGAGAUUCUCGGAACUGCUCAGUCUGUUGGUUGCACCGUAGAGGGCCAAGCACCUCAUGAUGUUAUCGAUUCAAUCAACAGUGGUGAAGUUGAUAUACCUGAGAAUUAAAUGAUUGCAGUGGAGAGGGGAAAUGGCAACAUUCGAAUCCAGCAACGAUAAUGCACUUCUAUUUCUUGAAGUUUGUAAAUAAAAGAUGCAUUUUAUGAAAUCAAA